CGUACCAACUACUUUGUAGCAUAUGUACCUAUAUACAGUCCAGCUGAGUUUCAGCUCUCUAUAGCUAUCUAAUGGAUGAAGCAAGUGCUGCGGGCAGUAAGCAACGCCGCAGGAGAGUGGGGAUAAUAGGGUUUGGACAACUUGGUCAGUAUCUGUAUGAGGAGGUGUGCAAGCAGCCAGGCUAUGAGGUGGUGUUUAUAUGGAAUAGAUCCAUUGAGAAAAUGAAAGAUCUUGUUUCAGAGCAUCUGAUUCUCAGAGAUCUUAAUGACUGCUCGUCGAGACAUCCUGACCUGAUAGUGGAAGUUGCCCAUCCAUCCAUCAGUGCCGAGUACGGAAUGGAAUUUCUAAAGUUUGCCGAUUUCAUGAUUGGUUCUCCCACUGCCUUGGCUGAUGCUACAGUCUACAAGAGUCUAUUGGGAGCAGCUCAGUCUGAGCAUGGUCUCUAUGUACCUGCAGGGGCCUUCUGGGGUGGGCAAGACAUCCAGAAAAUGGCUAAUCAAGGAACACUCAAAGGAUUGACAGUUACAAUGAAGAAGCAUCCAUCUGCAUUUAAGUUGGUCGGUCCUUUGGAGGAAAAGCUGAAAACUGUACUAGACAAACCCCUCACCCUCUUCAAAGGGCCUGUGAGGGAGCUGUGUCCAUUAGCUCCUAAUAAUGUCAACACGAUGGCUUGUGCUGCCAUUGCUGCCCACAACCUUGGUUUUGAUGGUGUCAUUGGAUGCCUGAUCGCUGACCCAAACCUUGAGAGCCAUGUUGUUGAGAUAGAGGUGGUCGGCCCUGGACAAAAAGGAAAUAACUUCUCAGUAAAGACAGUUCGCAAUAAUCCAGCCUCUGCUGGUGCUGUAACCGGGAAGCAAACGUAUGGCUCCUUCUCAAGCAGCCUGUUUGGUGCAGUUGGGAAAGGCAAAGGAGUACAUUUGUGUUAGUUUAGUUUCAACUUAUAAUGACUUAUGUGCAGGAAUUUAUGUAUAGCGGUUCCGUGGUGUAGUGGUUAUCACGUGAGUUUAACACACUCAAGGUCCUGGGUUCGAUCCCCGGCGGAACCUCUUUUUUUUUUGAUGGUUUUGGAUCAAAAUAAUAAUCAGUCUCAGUUG